AUGGCUAAUGGCCUUCAAGUCACGGUGCUUGACAAGAAGAAGGUGGCCAUGCUCUUUCAGCCCACUGUGCUUCGCUGCCACUUCUCCACGUCCUCCCAUCAGCCUGCAGUCGUGCAGUGGAAGUUCAAAUCCUACUGCCAGGAUCGCAUGGGGGAGUCCUUGGGCAUGUCCUCUCCCCGGGCCCAGUCUCUCAGCAAAAGAAACCUGGAAUGGGACCCCUACUUGGAUUGUUUAGACAGCAGGAGGACUGUUCGAGUGGUAGCUUCAAAACAGGGCUCAACCGUCACCCUGGGAGAUUUCUACAGGGGCAGAGAGAUCACGAUUGUGCAUGAUGCAGAUCUUCAAAUUGGAAAACUCAUGUGGGGAGACAGCGGACUCUAUUACUGUAUCAUCACUACCCCUGAUGACCUGGAGGGCAAAAAUGAGGACUUGGCAGAGCUGCUUGUGUUGGGCAGGACAGGGCUGCUUGCUGAUCUCUUGCCCAGUUUUGCUGUGGAGAUUAUGCCAGAGUGGGUGUUUGUUGGCCUGGUGAUCCUGGGAGUCUUCCUCUUCUUCGUCCUGGUGGGGAUCUGCUGGUGCCAGUGCUGCCCUCACAGCUGCUGUUGCUACGUCCGCUGCCCGUGUUGUCCAGAUUCCUGCUGCUGCCCUCAGGCCUUGUACGAAGCAGGGAAAGCAGCAAAGGCUGGGUACCCUCCCUCUGUCUCCGGUGUCCCCGGCCCUUACUCCAUCCCCUCUGUCCCCUUGGGAGGAGCCCCCUCAUCUGGCAUGCUGAUGGACAAGCCGCAUCCACCUCCCCUGGCAUCAAGUGACUCCACUGGAGGAAGCCGCAGUGUUCGCAAAGGUUACCGGAUUCAAGCUGACAAAGAGAGAGACUCCAUGAAGGUCCUGUACUACGUUGAGAAGGAGCUGGCUCAGUUUGAUCCAGCCAGAAGGAUGAGAGGCAGAUAUAACAACACCAUCUCUGAACUCAGCUCCCUGCAUGAGGAGGACAGCAACUUUCGCCAGGCCUACCACCAGAUGAGAAGCAAGCAGUUCCCUGCGUCCGGGGACUUGGAGAGCAAUCCUGACUACUGGUCAGGUGUCAUGGGGGGCAGCAGUGGGGCAAGCCGGGGGCCCUCAGCCAUGGAGUAUAACAAAGAGGACCGGGAGAGCUUCAGGUAGGGCCAGCAGCGCUCCAAGUCGGAGAUGCUGUCCCGGAAGAACUUCGCCGCGGGAGUGCCGGCCGUGUCCAUGGACGAACUGGCGGCCUUCGCCGACUCGUACGGGGCGCGCUCCCGCCGGGCCGACGGCGACAGCCACGAGGCGCGGGGCGGGGGCCGCUUCGAGCGCUCGGAGGCGCGCGCCCUCGGGGGCUUCUACGCGGACGGCUCGCCGGAGGAGUACUACGGCCCGCGGAGCCGCAGCCGGGAGCCCCUGGGCGACGCAGGCCGCGCCUGGGCCCCCAGCACCCCGCGCCGGCGGCCCGACGACGCGCCCCUGCCGCGCCUGGUGAGCCGGACGCCGGGCACGGCCCCCAAGUACGAGCACGGGCCCCGGGCCGGCGGCCUGGAGCGCCAGACGCGGCCCGAGGGCGCCAGCCGCGGCGGCAGCCUGGAGACGCCGUCCCGCCUGAGCGCGCAGCUCGGCCGUCGCAGCGCCUCCUACUACGCCUGGUCGCCGCCCUCCACCUACAAGGCGGCCGCGCCGGAGGACGACGAGGACGACUCCGCCGACGACGACGCGCUGCCGCCCUACAGCGAGCGCGAGCUGACCCGGGGCCCGUCCUACCGCGGCCGCGACCUGCCCUACCACAGCAGCUCGGAGAAGAAGCGCAAGAAGGAGCCCGCCAAGAAAACGAGUGACUUUCCAACCAGGAUGUCCCUUGUGGUCUGA